UUGGUCAAGAUGAAUUAACAAAUGGGUCUCCCUCUGAUCUAAAGGUUGGAGAUGUACCUGUUCAACACUGCUCGCCAACAGAAAUAGAUCAAAUGCAGUUUUCAUCUUUCACUCGUAAUGGACGUCCAAAAGCUCAUGCCUCUGUAACUAGGCGUUGGUCUUUACAACAUCAGCCGUACAUGGCGGGGAACAUGGGGAAAUCUUGUUUUGUCUUCCAGCUCCAGCAACAGUGCAAAGGUGUCCAGGACUCCUGGAUGGAUUUCAAAAGGGGACGAGCAUGCACAAAGGAUGAGCAAGCAGCUAGGCAUCCACAUGUACGACUGGGGCGAAGUGCCUCUGCCACCUUUCCAGUUAAGGGAAAUGCUGAGUGUUUUGGUGCUGCUGAGAGAAGGAAGCAACUCGCAGGAACACUAACUGGGGAAAACAAUUCAGACAUGCUUUGCGGCACUUAUGGCACUUUGCCGCAAACACAGUCCUGUAAGUUUAAAAUCAGACAGGAGCGAAAUCAGAGGCAACCACACUUUCGAAUUCUUUUAACCCGAGGAUCUGAAGAGCAGAAUGAAGGCUCAAUAAGGGAUAAUGGUGGUUGUGUUCAGACAAGAAUGAAUUCAAUCACCGGAGAGGACUCUGUGACAAGAGAUGAUUUCCUGGGCCAAGUUGAUGUACCUCUUAACCACUUACCGGCAGAAGAUCCUGCCUUGGAGAGGCCAUACACUUUUAAGGAUUUUCUACUCAGGCCAAGGAGUCAUAAAUCCCGAGUUAAAGGAUUUCUGCGCUUGAAAAUGGCCUAUUUGCCAAGGAAUGGUGGACCAGAAGAAACCCCUGAACAGAGGGAAGAAUCUGAGCAUGCCUGGGAUAUGGUUGACCCCAAUGAUUCAGGUACACAACGUGAGCAACCAGUACCACCGCUGCCACCUGGCUGGGAAGAGAAGACUGACAACCUGGGUCGGACAUACUAUGUGAAUCACAACAACAGAACUACACAGUGGCAGCGACCAAGUCUAGUAGAUGUGGAAAAUGAAUCAGAUACCAGCAUUCGGCAGAUCCACCAAGAAGCUCACAGAGUGUUUCGAUCUCGUCGACACAUCAGUGAAGAUUUGGAAACCACAGAAAAUCGGGAUGGUGGUGAUCCAUGGGAACCCAUCUCUGAAGAACUGAUUCUUGAUAGUGAUCAAAUUUUCCAAUCUUUGCCACCUCCUACCACUCCGCCAAAUGCAUCUGACAGCAGUCUGCCAGAUCUUUCUGAUGAGCUCAAUAGAAGAUUACAGGUUGCUGCAGAGUCAAAUGGGGAACAAGUUGCUCCACCUACAGGUGAAUCUCUUGCAAGGCUACGUUCCUGUAGUGUAACAGAUGGUGUUGGAGAACAUGCUCAAGCAUCGAUGCAGACCGCCCAAAUGCGACGACCUCGUUCUUCAACUGUUACUGGCAGUGAACAACCAAAUGAACUGACGUCACCAGCAGCCUAUAUGCUCUCAACACCUGGCUUGCCACCAGGAUGGGAAGAGCGGAAAGACACAAAGGGACGCACCUAUUAUGUAAACCAUAACAACAGAACCACUACUUGGACUCGUCCAAUUGUGCAGCAUGCAGAUGAUGGCACACCAGGUCCAACUGCCAGCAACAGCCUUUUAAGCGAGCCUCAGAUAAGACGGCCUCGCAGUCUCAGCUCACCCACAGUAACUUUAUCAACUCCACUGGAGGGUGCUAAAGAUCCCCCUAUGCACAGAGCUGUAAAAGACACUUUAUCUACUCCUCAGUCUCCACAGCUUUCGCCUUAUAACUCACCAAAGUCACAACAUAAGUCUGUGCGCAGUUUCCUACCUCCUGGCUGGGAAAUGCGCAUAGCCCCAAAUGGCCGACCAUUCUUCAUCGAUCACAAUAGCAGAACAACAACAUGGGAGGAUCCAAGGCUGAAAUAUCCAGUUCACUUAAGAGCAAAGACAUCUUUGGAUCCAAACGACCUUGGACCUCUCCCGCCUGGCUGGGAGGAACGAAUCCAUUUGGAUGGAAGAUCAUUCUUCAUAGACCACAAUACCAAAAUCACACAAUGGGAGGAUCCUAGACUACAGAAUCCAGCCAUUACCGGUCCUGCUGUGCCAUACUCCAGAGAAUUCAAACAGAAGUACGACUACUUCCGGAAGAAGCUGAAGAAGCCUGCUGAUAUACCCAAUAGAUUUGAAAUGAAGCUGCAUAGAGGCAACAUCCUAGAGGAGUCUUAUCGACGAAUUAUGUCAUUAAAACGACCAGAUGUACUAAAGGCCAGACUUUGGAUAGAAUUUGAGUCGGAGAAAGGACUUGAUUAUGGGGGUGUCGCAAGAGAGUGGUUCUUCCUUUUGUCUAAAGAAAUGUUCAAUCCUUACUAUGGGCUUUUUGAAUAUUCAGCCACGGAUAACUAUACACUUCAGAUCAACCCAAAUUCUGGCUUGUGCAAUGAAGAUCAUCUUUCUUACUUCAAGUUUAUUGGACGUGUGGCUGGAAUGGCUGUGCACCAUGGAAAGCUACUGGAUGGCUUUUUUAUAAGACCAUUUUACAAGAUGAUGUUAGGAAAGCCCAUUACACUGAAAGAUAUGGAGUCAGUGGAUGGUGAAUAUUUCAAUUCUUUGAAAUGGAUACUUGAAAAUGACCCAACUGAGUUGGACCUGCGGUUUUGUAUAGAUGAAGAAAAUUUUGGGCAGACUUAUCAAGUGGAUCUAAAACCCAAUGGUUCAGACAUGGUGGUUACUAAUGAGAACAAAAGAGAAUACAUAGAUUUAGUCAUCCAGUGGAGAUUUGUAAAUCGGGUACAGAAACAGAUGAAUGCCUUCAUGGAGGGCUUCACGGAACUCAUCCCAAUUGACUUGAUUAAAAUAUUUGAUGAAAAUGAACUAGAGUUGCUGAUGUGUGGUCUUGGGGAUGUGGAUGUUAAUGACUGGCGGCAACAUACCGUCUAUAAGAACAACUACUGCACAAACCACCCUGUCAUUCAGUGGUUCUGGAAGGCUGUGUUACUGAUGGAUGCUGAGAAACGUAUUCGACUACUACAGUUUGUUACAGGAACUUCAAGAGUGCCUAUGAAUGGGUUUGCUGAACUGUAUGGUUCCAAUGGUCCUCAGCUGUUUACAAUAGAGCAGUGGGGAACUCCAGACAAGUUACCAAGGGCUCAUACAUGCUUUAACCGCCUUGAUUUGCCACCUUAUGAAUCUUUUGAAGAUUUACGGGAGAAACUUCUAAUGGCAGUGGAAAAUGCUGAAGGAUUUGAAGGAGUAGAUUAAUUGGCUGCAGUUGUGGCCAACAAGAUGCUGCUUAUAAAUUUUUUUUUUAGAGAUAGGAACUUUACCAGUGGUAUCAAUAUAAUUGCACAGUGACAUUGGUACAUGGAACAAAUUCUUCUAUGUUAAUUCCUAUUUCAAGUUUCUGGAAAGCUGAAAAAUUCGAAACUGACUCUCGAGACAACAGUAAUAAAAGAAGAAAAGUGGAUAAUGUGUCGAUGAGAAGUGCAUUUCAAUUGAACUUAACUGUGUAUUAAAAUUGUUCUUUAAAGACAUUUUACCAACUUUGUAAUGAAAGUGAAUCAGAACUAUCACUUUCACAGGUAUAGUAUUAUCACUUUGUUUACUCAAUGGAUUGCAAACUAACCUGUUAUAUACAGAUCCUUCGAAUUAACCCAGUUAAAAGGCACAAUCUGUUAAACGAUAAAAUGUUUGAUUCACAUUUUUCUCUCAAACAUGCUUAUAUAGUAGUGUAUUGAUAUUUCCACUGUGAAAUAUUUGUGCCUCCUUUACCCACAAAUCAUGAUCAAAAGCACUUUUUAAGUUAUUGAUGAUGUAGAUUAACACCUUGCUAGAACAGGGAAAACAGAUGGUAUUUUUCUUUAAUGGAAUUGUUACAAAUGAGCAUAAAUGAGAUUUCAAAUGCGAGUUACAGCAACUGGUAUUAACUUUAUUUUUAAUGAUUUUUGCAUUUUACUAAGUAAACUAAAACAUAGUUAUCCAUUGAGCAUGCAAUGAAAUAACAUCUGCACUAAGAGGACUGCCAAAAACUUGAGGUAUUCUCUUAAAAUGUUACCUGAAUUUUCCUCCCUUUUUGAAGUAAGGUGACUGUUAUCUGAUAGGGUAAAGCAAAUUACAGUAACAUGCCUGUGACAUCUGUAGCAUGCCUGCUUAAAUCCUUAGACUGCUGGUGAGUCCAGGAUAUGACUGCAGGCUGGAUCUUGAACUUUAAUCUUACUCAUUGCAAGAGGUAAAACAGUACGCAGUGAUUAAGCUACAUGAAUGUCAGGAGUUAUUUUAUUAUUGUAAUACUUACUAAUUUCAAAAUUUGAUGCUGACUAACUUAAAAAUAACUAACGCUACAGACAAGCCAAACAAAAAGACUUGAUUACUCUUUAAAUAACCACCAGCCUUUUCUUUGCUUCUGUUUCUCUAAUUACCUAAUCUUCCGUCUAUUUUGUUUUUAACUUAGACUUUUGUACUGCCUUUAUUUCUUGACCACCUUUCUCCUUUCAUAAUUUAGCUGUUGAAUUCCACUUUCGCCUCCCAUCACCUGUUUUAAGACCAGGUUGUUUUUUCCUUUAAAAGAUCUAUUUGAUUAGCUUAAAAUGGUUGUUUUGAGCUGGUUUUAACUAAGCAAAUAGAUAAUUUUGACUAUGACCAGAUGGAUAGUAUAGAACAAAGAACAAACCAGGAGGGGACUGUAACAAAUGCAAUUCUUCUGUGACAACCUCUCUCCUUUCACUGAGAUAAUCAUUUAUUUCAAACUUUCACAAUGAAAGCUAACCACUACCAAUCAAGUUUCAAAUGAUUUCUAUAUUUGAUUCAUUAUUAGUAGAGCUAUGCUAAUCUUUUAAUACAUGUGUUCUGUUGUAACACCAAGAAAUCUAAGGGCACUUUAUACAUGGCUGUUAAUUAUUUUUAAAUGUGUACAUUUUUAAUACGGAGUUCAGUAUCCACUGCAAUAUAAAUGCUUUGGACACCAACCUAAAUUUUGCUUAUUGACACAAUAAAACCAACAUAAACCUCAGCCAAACAUCAUUUCCUCUUUACCAUUUUUUCAUCAAUGUGCAUUUUCCCCUUGAAUGCCUGCCAUACAAUUCAAAAACUCAUCUCAAAUAUAUUGUGGAAAAAGUGUCUUGAAAUCCUUCUUUCCCUAUUAAAUUCCCAAAAAAUAAACUUUCCUUAUUAAUGUUGCAA